AGAUUAGCGUUUAAUCUGAGGAGCUGGGAACGAGAGUGUGAUUGGAAGUUACUGCUAGCCAUAUGGUUAGCUCGAGUGGGCGGGUAGAUCGCGCAAUCGCUGUUGUCAGACGACAGGACAUAUGUUUAUUAAGACAAUUCGGCGCGGUUCGGCACGUUAUUAUUAUUAUGCCGAACUGACUCACGAAUCUGUGGCUAAACUGGCGAGUUGACGUUCUGACUCCGAAAAGUGGAAAAUCGGAUUAACGUUCAAGAUUGCGCACCAAACCCUAAUCAUCUUGUGUCGGUGGCUCCCGUUGCUUCGAGCCCAAGCUAUCUCAUCGAGGACGGUUUGCAGCUUAUAGACAGUUUAAUGUCAGCAGGGAAACACCGGGCUCGAUUCUACUAGUUUGUCCGCGCACGACGGUGAUAGUGUUUCUGUCAGCCAGCGAAGGGGGAAAGCGAUCGAGUCGGUGUCUGCUGGCGAUGUUAUUAUGCUGCCCUGUGACCCGUGUGGCCAACUGUUGUUCAGUGUUGACUAAAUUAGCCGUGUUAGCGUGUUAAACUGGUUCGUCGGUGUGAAUUUUGAGCAGUUUUUCGGACUCUUCUGAGUCGCUGGCCACUUCGCGAUCUCUCUCCUCGCUCUGACUGGCAGCAGCAAACACGGAGGAUAUCUUUACUCGUUUGCUGGCUAAUAAAUCCUGACUGAACUCUGAGAAGAUGUCGACGAAAGAGCCGAAAGAAAAGCUGUCGACCACCGAGCGAAUCAUUAAAACAGUGCCACUGCCUCCUCACCAGCGAUUGACAAUAAAAGACCUAUAUGUGGACGGCAAGCCCAAUACUGAGCUGCUGAAGAACCAUUUGAUCAAAGAGGGACGUGUGGAGGAGGAUGCUGCGCUGCGCAUCAUAAACGACGGUGCCAACAUCCUACGCCAGGAGAAGUGCAUGUUAGAGGUGGAGGCACCAAUUACUGUGUGUGGUGACGUUCAUGGGCAGUUUUUUGACCUCAUGAAGCUCUUCGAAGUUGGUGGUUCUCCUGACAACACGCGCUAUCUCUUUCUGGGCGAUUAUGUAGACAGGGGAUACUUCAGUAUUGAGUGUGUGCUGUUCCUGUGGACACUGAAAAUCAACCACCCCAACACCCUCUUCCUCCUCAGAGGGAACCAUGAGUGUCGGCACCUCACAGAAUACUUCACCUUUAAACAGGAAUGUAAAAUAAAGUAUUCAGAGAGGGUUUAUGAUGCAUGUAUGGAGGCCUUUGACUGCUUGCCUCUUGCAGCUCUUCUAAAUCAGCAGUUCCUCUGUGUUCAUGGUGGCCUCUCGCCAGAAAUUAACUGCUUAGACGACAUUAGGAAAUUAGACAGGUUUAAGGAGCCCCCGGCAUUCGGGCCUAUGUGUGAUUUGAUCUGGGCUGACCCAGGAGAGGACUACGGCAGUGAGAAGACGGCAGAGCACUUUAACCACAACUCCGUCAGAGGCUGCUCCUAUUUCUUCAGUUAUGCGGCAGUCUGUGACUUUUUGACAAACAAUAACCUUUUGUCAGUAAUUAGAGCGCAUGAAGCACAAGAUGCAGGGUACAGGAUGUACAGAAAAAGUCAGACAACAGGCUUCCCUUCAUUAAUUACUAUUUUCUCAGCACCAAAUUACCUAGAUGUCUAUAACAACAAAGCGGCUGUGUUAAAAUAUGAAAACAACGUCAUGAACAUUAGACAGUUUAACUGCUCUCCUCACCCGUACUGGUUGCCCAACUUCAUGGAUGUGUUUACAUGGUCAUUACCGUUUGUGGGCGAGAAAGUGACUGAGAUGUUGGUGAAUGUCCUGAAUAUCUGUUCUGAUGAUGAACUCAUGUCAGAGGGAGAUGACUUGUGCGAAGGUGGAGCUCCUGCUGUUCGUAAGGAGGUGAUCAGAAAUAAGAUCCGUGCCAUUGGGAAGAUGGCUAGAGUCUUUUCUGUGCUCAGGGAAGAAAGUGAGAGUGUACUGACCCUCAAAGGGCUCACCCCAACCGGAACGCUACCUCUAGGAGUGCUGUCUGGAGGCAAGCAGACCCUACAGAAUGCCAUCCAAGGCUUCUCUCCAACACGGAAAAUCCGCAACUUCGAAGAAGCUCGUGGCCUGGACCGAAUAAACGAACGAAUGCCGCCUCGGAAGGACGGCCAGAAACCUGACGGUACCACAGUUAACGCUGCCAACGAGAAGAACGGCACUGACGGGAAUGUGUAAGGGGAGAUUUUGCACUUUUCCUCUCCUCCAUAGGAUUUUCUCUUUUUCUGCCACGUUCUCCAUGAGACAGACCCUUCAACUGCCGGAUCCUGCAGAGGAGAUGUGGCCUGGGAUGUGGAGAGGAAUCAUUCCACAAUCAGAGAGAGAGAGAGAGAAAACACUUAUAACUAAGUACAAACAUGAGAUUUUAUUUAUUAAACGAAGCGUAUUAGAUGUACUUGAGAUAGCAACAUUUUAAAAACGAGUGAACAUUGGAAGUGC